AUGUGGACCCACCUUGAGGACAACAAGAAGGCCAAAAUUCUAAUGUGGACAUCAACGGUGCCGUUCAAGGAUAACCACGAAUUAGCUUACAGAGAACAUGUUUCUGGCACUGGCGACUGGAUUUUUCGGAACAGCAGCUACAUUUCCUGGUAUCGGGGGAGCUCCGGACAAAUUCUGUGGAUACAUGGAAAUGUUGGCGCGGGUAAGACGAAGCUGGUCGCUCAUGUCAUAGCCUCAUUCUUGAAAGGACCCCUGCAAGUGGACGAGGCUCUCGCUUUCUUCUACUGCAACCGUAACGAAGAUGCUCGGCGCAACGUAGCUAGUGUCCUUCGAAGUUUUGUGAAACAGCUCUCCAUUUCCAGCAACAAUACGUACUUGCAUGGCGCCCUGGCCGAGAUAUAUGCAGAGAAGCAUCGCUCCGGGUUCUCUUCUGCAGAAUUGUCAAAUGAAGAAGCAGACACUCUUCUCCGACUAAUCAUGCAAUCCUACAAGACCGUCACCUUCAUUAUUGACGCACUAGAUGAGUGUGAUAAGUCUUCAAGGGCGGUUCUGAUAGAACGGCUCAACAGUCUCGUUCACAAUAUACCAAAUUUGAGAAUUCUGAUCUCAAGCCGAUGGGACGCUGAAAUCGAGCGCAAACUGUCUGAGUCAAAGGCAGUACUGGAAGUCAAUACGACUAAAAAUCAGGAUGACAUCAAGAAAUUUGUACUGGCGAGACUCGAUGAAGACGCCGCGGACCGAGCUAGACCUCUCUCAGACCAGCUGCGAAGCAACAUUGUCGAGACUCUUUUCCAAAAGAGUGAUGGAAUGCAAUGGGCAUCGCUUCAAAUCUCCCAACUUCUUGAGCUUGAGAGAGAGCGAGACAUUCGGUCUAGCCUCGGAUCGCUCCCCCAAGGACUUGCUGCGACGUACGACGAGAUUUACACAAGACUACAAUGCCAGAAAGGAAGCAAGCCAAUAGUUGCCAGACGCACUCUUCAGUGGAUCUUCUCCUCUCACAUUCCUCUCACGUCUGAUCAUAUGCUCGCUGCUGUGUGUCAGGGAUUUGAUGACCAGGAGCCUCAGCAAGUCGACGUAACUGUUGAUUUCGUACUUAGCUCAUGUUCGAACCUCGUCGUCCUGGAUCAAACUAAUGUUUUCCGUCUAUCACAUCUCUCUGUGCGCGAAUACUUCGAG